AUGCAGAGACCCAAAACUCCAAUACUACUCAAUUUGUCUAACAUUCCUCGCAUCGAUGUUCACCACCAUAUCAUUCCUCACCCGCUAGAAGGAGUCGGGGCUGGUCUAAAAGGCAUAAAAGUCCCAUCAUGGAGCGUUCAAAGUGACAGGGCCUUCAACCAGACACACAGCAUCACCUCUGCCAUAUACUCCGUCAGCACUCCGGGAGUCACCCACAUCGCUGAUCCUGAAGAGAGCGCCAGGGUCGCUCGCGCCAUGAAUGAAUAUUCCGCCAGUCUGCGAGAUGCAAACCCGAUGAAUGGAUUCUUUGCGACAGUCCCGUCUCUGCAGCACACGGUUCUUGUACUCGAGGAACUACGCUACGCUUUUGAUACUCUGAAGGCAGAUGGAGUCACCUUGUUCACCAGCUAUGCUACUCCUCAGGGAUAUCUUGGAUAUCCCGAAUACGUUCCCAUCUGGGAAGAGCUGAAUCGCCGCAAGGCUAUUAUCUUUGUUCACCCCAUCAACAACAUUGCGGCUGUCUACUUUGACGACCGCCUUCCAAUGCCCGCUUUUGAUUGGCCCCACGAAACAGGCCGUACAGCCAUGGACAUGAUCCUCAACAGACGUCUUGAGCAGUUUCCCGAUGUUAAGAUCAUUCUGUCGCAUGCUGGCGGAACACUCGCUGCACUUGUCCAAAGAGCCACAAUGAUAGCCCUGCCUGAAUUUGGAGACAUCAUGAGCGCCGAGGAUAUCAUUAAACAGGCGAAGCAAUUUUACUUCGAUGCGGCGCUUUCGGGAAGUCAAGAGGUCUUUCCUAUGAUACUGGGCUUCGCCAAGCCGGGGCAUUUGCUUUUUGGCAGUGACUUUCCGCAUGCGCCUGAGGAACUAAGCAAGGGCUUUACUAAAUUUGUUGAUACUUUUCCAUUGGAAGAUAAGAAGAAUAGGAAUAUUUACUAUGAAGCGGUUUUAAAACUGUUUCCGAGACUCUAG